AUGCCCAAUUAUCGCCUCCCUGAGGCUUACACUUGGAUUAAGUCCAUUGCAAAGUGGCCCCAUGGCGAGGUCUACCUGGCGUCUCGCAAGUCUGACGGGCAAGUGGUGGCCGUGAAAGAAUUUCCACUCACACAUAUUUCCAACGACGAAGUCCGCGCCACGUUGCUAGACGAUCUCUCUCACUUGCCGGACUAUGAUCACCCCAACCUUAUCAAGUAUUACGACGUUAUUCACGAUGCGGACCAGAAUUGCGUCUUCCUUGUGAUGGAGUACAUUACGGGCGGUUCUUUGCGCGAUGAAAUCAAUUUCCGACGGGACUACAAAGACCACUAUUCUGAGUCUCUCAUCUGGGACGUUAUGGUUCAGGUUAUCGACGCCGUCAUCUAUCUUCAAAACAUGACCAGCAGGCAGAACAGACGCGCGAUGAACGUGGGAGCUAUAUUCCAGAAUAUAAAGUCGAGCAAUAUCCUCUUGAUGAGUAGGGUUGAUGCAGGCCAAGACGAGCGCCCAGCCGACCACGUGAUUCGUUGCAUCAAACUCUCGGACUACGGCUUUUUGCGCUUCCCAGCAGACGUGUAUUCUCAUGAUCUUUCAUAUUGCCUUUAUCAAAUGGCCCACCAUCCUCCCGAACUGCUAGAGAUUUCUCGCAUAUACAAAGAAGUCAUGGCUCAACAGUCGAAGGGGAGGGAGACUCCCGUGGAGAGUGACCCUGGGUUUACUAGCCCAGCUCUGAGCACUACGAGUGUUCAGCCCAAUGAUUUUAUCCCUCGCAUAGACGUAAGCUAUGAUGGACCAUCUGCAGACACGUGGAGCCUUGCAUGCUUGCUGCUUGAGCUCUGUAACUUGUGCAAGCCAAAGUUUGUAACAGAGAACAGAGAUAUGAAGGAGUUUUUCCGGAAGAAUGUUGGGAUAAAGCUCUGUAAAGGAUACACAAACGAUGUUAUCACGUUCUUGUCCAAGACACUGCGCUGGAACCCCGCCACGCGCAAGUCUCCUUCGUUGCUCUUGGAGCUUGAUGGCCCCCGGGAAGCUGCUGAGCGUCUGGGUGGACUUCACGCUGAGUCCUACUACUGCUCGCGGUGUAGUUCUCGUCUUGGAUUGCAGUUCGGUGCAAGUCCAACGCGCACAUUCACAGGCAGCGGACACCAUGGAUCAGCCCCAGGGACUCCAGGCUCACCUGGACCCAUGAAAUGCCGAUGCAGUCACUGCCAACGCCCAAGCACUGUUGAUGCCGUAGAGCCACGGCCUGCGGCAGUUGCACGGGUGAUGGCUCUCCCGCCCGUGCUACCACCUAACAUACCAGCCAAGAUCGUCUCCAGUCCUACGGGAUUAAUGAAGGCUUGCAUUAAGGGAGACCGGAAUACAGCUAAGAAGCUGUUAUCUUCUGCUGAUGUCGGUGUUGUUACCUCUACAGGCAUGUCUGCUCUCAUGUACUGUGCGCAAACAGGGCUGACAGAUAUUGCCGAGGCCCUUCUUCCUCGCGAGGCUGGUCUUCGAAUGGUGCUUCAAUCAGAGGCGUGUCCUUCCGGAGCUAUUUCUGCUGCAGGUAUCACUGAGUACAAUACGCUUCUUAACGCGCAUAUCCUUGAACUGACCGGUGGGGUUAAGGGUGCUACCGCAGACUUUGCUACCCUACGCACAGAUAGUACUCUUCUUGAUAAAAUAGCUGCCACGGAGUAUGGACGCUGCACUCGUUACGGAGAGACAGCGCUCGGCGUUGCAUUUAACGAGGGCAAGAUCGAUACUGCUGCAGCCAUUGCUGCUGCAGAACGCUAUCUCACCACAGAAUAUGGGAAGACCGUUCUCAUGCGUGCCGCAAUAGCAGGGGACUCACACAUGGUUCAAGCUCUUAUGGGUCUAGAGGCUGGCGCCCAGGAUCUUUAUGGUCAGACAGCCCUCAUGCUAGCUAUUAUGAACAAGCAUGAUAGUAUUGCCCGCAUGCUCGUCGCCCACGAAGUUGGGUUUGUGGAUGUGCAUCAGACCUCAGCCCUGAUGAUGGCCAUCGAUCGCAACUUCCCAGAGACAGCUCUUCUGUUAAUUGAGCAAGAAGCAGGGCUGCAGGACAAGGUAGGGAAAACAGCACUGAUGCGCGCUAUUGAGCAUGGCAACUACAAUGUCGCUCAGCUGCUCGUGACGCAGGAGGCCGGCAUGAUUGACAGCAUGCGGGCCACAGCCUUACACAUCAGCGUUGAAAAGGGUGACUUAGCAAUGGUGGAGCUCUUGCUAGAUAGGGAGAAGACCAUGCGCAAUAUCCGUGGAGAAACAGCACUCCAUAUUGCCACGCGGUUACACCUACCUAAGCUUGUCAAGCUCCUUGUUAACUAUGAGGCGGGCUUCAAGAAUGGCGACGGAAUAACGGCCCUGCAAUACGCAUGUCUUCACGACUACGCUGAUCUGGUUCCCUUUUUCCUGGGAAAGGAGACAGGCAUCCUUUCCAAUGACUCGAAACUGGCCAUUGAGAUCGCCUUUGAAAUGCUCCACCUGGAAAUUGUCAACGUGCUUAUGCCUUACGAAGGCGUUAACAUUAGCGAAGAAGCUGGAAGACAUCUAGGUGGCAACAGCAUGGCAAGCAGUGUCAACGACGGUUACAAUUCUUUGCGUAUAUAUCCAGCGCACCCGCACAAUACGACACUGGGAGAAACUGCAUGCGCCAGCAUGUACGGGGCUAGGACGAUAGGCCUCACCUCCACGGAGUCUCAGCGCAUAUCAGACCCACUGUCUUACAGUCGGAGCAUGGCAAAAUCUCUUAGGGAUACCCCGACACGUAGUCUCGACAGCGACCUUAGCAGAUCAUUGAGUAAGAGCAUUAGCUUCAUUCGUGAGUAUGAAGUGGCAGAGGACGAGGACUUUCCACCUCUUAUUAAGGCGGUUCACGAGGACAAUCUGUUCAAGGUUUACUGUCUGUUGCAAACUCAAGCACGAAUCACCGACUCUAAAGGCCGCACAGCCCUCAUGCAUGCAGCUAUUCUCAACAAGUGUAGAUGCAUAGAGUUUCUAGCAGAACUGGAGGCGAAUAUGCGCUGCAAUAGAAACUACACUGCCUUGUCUUAUGCAUGCAUCUGCGAAAACGAGGAGGCUGUUAGACUUCUACUCAAGUGGGAAUCCAUUGAUCAAUCUCAGUAUUCCAGCUUAGGCAACAGAAAGACAGAGCUCAUGGUUGCAGCAGAGAAUGAUGAUAUCGGAGCGGUUAGAUGCUUGCGGUCACAACGAAGACUUCAAAACACCGACGGCACAUUUGCGCUGUAUUUAGCGGUUGAAAAGAAUCAUGUCCAUUGUGUCCGUCUGCUUAUCAAGGAACAGGACCUGAAGACUAACGAGGGUAAGACGGCCUAUCAGCGCGCCUUGGAGCUGAAACACUAUAAUUGUGCGUAUGCUAUUGCUAUUGCGGGAAAUCACGUCAUACUUGAUGAUACUAAGAAUACGCAACUUAUGCUGGGAUGCGACCGCAUGGACUAUCGCACUGUGAAUAAAUUCAAGGCACAGGCAGGCCUUGAAAAUAGCGAGGGGCGGACGGCGCUUAUGAUCGCGGCAGGGAAUGGAUUCGUUGAGGCUGUUCAACUUCUUAAGGAUGCAGAGAACAGGGCCUUGCAGCAUUCUCCCACAACUCUCUCCAUUUGUGGGUUAUUGUGCAACAACGUCACUGCCCUAAUGUAUGCGGCUGCAUCAGGGGCCUCGGAGUGUGUCGCUGAGCUCGCAGAGAAGGAGGCAGGAAUAUCCGACAGCGUGGGUGGAUACACCGCCCUUAUGUUUGCAGCCAAGCGGGGGUCUACUGAGUCUGUUGCUGCUCUAGCCCCCUACGAAUUGGGGCAUCAAGCCUUCGAUGGCAGCACAGCCACAAUGCUUGCAGCUCAAGCAGGCCACUACAACGUGGUACGGACACUGCUCUCUGCUUCCGAGAAGGAUAUUGCCAUAGAAUCGUCUCGAUCCUUGACGGAAAUCGGCCUUGCUACUACCAAAGCCCAUGAGCUGGGAGAAGGUGUCACAGCCCUAAUGCUGGCUGCGCGGAGCGGCGAUUUUCAGUGUCUUAAGGCGCUCCGUGCAGAGUGUGGUAUAUCAGUCCCUGCAAGUAACCCCACAUACGGAGGCUGGACCGCACUUGUUUUCGCUUGCUCGUUGGGGCACUUAGACUGCGCUGCUGGGCUUGCUGAGAAGGAGGGUCCUAUCAGUGGGAAGCUUGCCCUAAAGGUUCUGCGUCAGACAGGCAUAGAUAGCGAUGGAGGCCUCGGAUCCAACCUGGUCUCUAUUCUCAAUAAAUUUUAA